ACCAAAUCCUGCGAUAAUAAUAAUAAUUCUUUUUGACAUUUUUAAAGGAUGGCUACCGUACUCCCACCAAAGAGUAGGCGGCAGAAGCUUGCAGAUGCAAAGCGAACCCGAGAGCAGCAGGACAUUGAAUUUAUCCCCGAAUCAGUCCCAAACGUCGUUGUUCACCUACGAGCAUCCGAUACUGGAGACCAGCUCGCGGGAGAGCUACGUAUUCCCGGGAACUCCACAGCGCAACAAUUAGACCUUCUAGUCAACAAGCUUCUUCAAACAGAGGAUGACCGAGUACCAUAUACCUUUUCUCUUCUCACUAAUAGCGCAGACCCCGAUUCCGCCAUAAUCAAUAUCACCAACGAUUUAUGGACUUCUGUCUUGGAACCCGGGCAUAAAACCACCGAAGACGUACUCACCCUCGUGUACACCCCCCAAGCAGUAUUCCGGGUCCGAGCCGUCUCUAGAUGCUCCUCCGCAAUCCCCGGUCACGGAGACGCGAUCUUAACGGCCCAAUUCUCACCUGCCUCUUCAUCGAGAAUGGCUACAGGUAGCGGGGAUGGCACCGCGAGAGUAUGGGACUGCGACACCGAAACACCCAUACAUACUUUGAAGGGACACAAGAGCUGGGUGUUAUGUGUUAGCUGGAGCCCUGAUGCAAAAUAUAUUGCUACAGGUAGCAUGGAUAAUACUAUUCGCCUAUGGGAUGCUCAAACCGGAAAGGCGCUCGGAGACGCUAUGAGGGGUCAUACAAAAUGGAUCACAGGCCUCUCUUGGGAACCAUAUCAUUUACAAAAACCCGAUGUUUACAGAUUUGCCUCUUCAUCAAAAGAUCAGACCAUCAGGAUAUGGAAUGCUACACUGAGAAGGGUAGAGCUAACUAUGAGUGCUCACUCUGCCGCUGUUACAUGUGUCAAGUGGGGCGGUAUCGGGUUCAUCUAUUCCGCAUCUCAGGAUAAGACAGUCAAAGUUUGGGAUGCCAGAGAUGGAAAACUGCUGCAUAGUUUGAAUGCCCAUGCUCACUGGGUCAAUCAUCUGGCAUUAUCGACGGAUUUCGCCCUGAGGACUGCAUAUCAUGAACACACCGGAAAAGUACCGGCCACAGAUGAGGGAAAGGUGAACAAGGCCAAAGAAAGGUUUGAGAAAGCAGCUACAUUAGGAGGGGAGAUUGUGGAGCGUCUGGUAACAGCGAGUGACGAUUUCACCAUGUAUCUCUGGGAGCCAAAGAAGGGGACGAAGCCUGUCGCUAGAUUAUUAGGACAUCAGAAACUUGUGAAUCAUGUGUCGUUCUCGCCAGAUGGCAGACUCAUUGCCUCAGCAUCGUUCGACAAUCAUGUCAAGCUGUGGGAUGGGCGUGAUGGAAAGUUCCUUCAUACCCUCCGUGGCCACGUAGCUCCCGUGUACCAGUGCUCCUUCUCCGCAGAUUCCCGGCUCCUGGUGUCAUCUUCGAAGGAUACAACGCUGAAAAUUUGGGACGUCAAGACGGGUAAACUGCACACGGAUUUACCUGGCCAUCAAGAUGAAGUAUUCGCUGUUGAUUGGAGCCCCGAUGGGAAAAAGGUUGGCAGUGGUGGGAAAGAUAAGGCUGUGAGGCUGUGGAAGCAUUAG